AUGAAGAGCCCUGAGUGCCAGGCUUCGAAGGGCCACUGUUUGGCUGCCCUGGAGACACCAGCUUAUCGGGCUCACGAUGGAGAAGCUCACGAGCAGAGUCAAGCCCAGCAGGACCCAGGGCCUCACACGCUGACCCCGGAAAUAUGGCAGUCCCUACGUCGCUCGGAUGAGAGCGGGAAGAACUGGCUGCUGGGGGUGCUGUCCCGCAGGCAUGCCCCGGACACUGCGCGUGCCUCGGACACGGCCGUCCCCGGCAGCCCCCGCCCACCCCGCACCGAGCCCAGGGGCAGUGAGCAGGCCGAGCAGCCUGUCCUGGGCGGGGCUCCUUCCUCAGCCCUGGACACCCUGAUCCAGCAGCUGGUGCCCACGGCCGACUACUGCCCCGAGAAAGCCUACAUCUUCACCUUCCUGCUAAGCUCCCGCCUCUUCAUCGAGCGGGAGCUGCUGGCCCGGGUCUGCCAGCUGUGCAUCGAGCAGCAGCAGCUGGACGAGCCAGGGCUGGACAAGGCCCAGGUCCGGAAGUUUGGCCCCAAACUGCCCCGGCUGCUGGCCGAGUGGACGGAGACCUUCCGGCGGGACUUCCAGGAGGAGGCGGCCGUCGGGCUCCUGGAGGGGGUGGGCCGCCUCGCCCGCUGCGACGAGGCAUACAGAGCGAGGCUGCACCAGGUCCUGCAGGCUCUGCACCAGAAGCUGGCAGCCCCGGGCCCAGGGCUGGAAAGCCUGCUGGGCACGGACCGGCCCCUCUCCUACAGGACCCAGCCGGCCUCCAUCCGCAGGGAGCUCCUCGGCGUCUGCAGCGACCCCUACAGGCUGGCCCAGCAGCUGACCCUCGUGGAGCUGGCACGGCUGCGACACAUCGGGCAGGAGUUUGUCCAGGCUUUUGUGAACAAGGACCCUCUGGCCAGCACCAAGCCCUGUUUCGGUGAUAAGACCAAGAACCUGGAGGCUUACGUGAAAUGGUUCAACAGGUUGUGCUCCCUCGUGGCCACUGAGGUCUGCAUGCUAUCCAAGAGGAAGCAGAGGGCCCAGGUGACCGAGUUCUUCAUCGACGUGGCCCGCGAGUGCUUCAAUGGCAACUUCAACCCCCUCAUGGCCAUCGUCUCUGGCAUGAGUAAGCCCGUGUCCAGGCUAAAGACCUGGGCCAAAGUGAAGACACCCAAGCUUUUCAUCCUGGAGCACCAGAUGGAUCCAACCGGGAAUUUCUGCAACUACAGGGCAGCCCGGCAAGGGGCCGCCCGCUCCCUGACCGCCCACAGCAGCCAGGAGAAGGGGCCUCUGCUGCGAGAAGCCAGGCACAGGCCAGGGGCCACAGUGCCCCUCCGGCCUACAGCCUGUCGCCAGCCAGUGACCAGCAUGGCUCACGGCAAACACCACGACUGGCUGGGCCCUCAGGCUGACUUCCACCAGGCAGCACAGCGGGCCCAGGAGGACAUGCCGGGCAGCUGGGAGAGAGCUCUGCAGGUGCCCUCCGGUGACGGGCCCCAGCAGGCACCUGGGCCUCACACAGACACCCAGCAGGCCUGGUCACCCCGAGGGCAAAAAUUUCUGGAGCUGGCCAAGCAGGUUGGAGAGUUCAUCACAUGGAAACAAGUGGAGUGUCCCUUCGAGCAAGACCCCAGCAUCACCCACUACCUGUGCACUGCCCCCGUCUUCAGUGAGGACGGUCUUUAUUUGGCUUCCUAUGAAAAUGAGAGCCCAGAGAACCACACAGAAAAAGAGAGAUGGAAAUCUCUAAGGUCUUCUAUUUGGGGGAAGACGUGA